AGCUAAGGCGAAUUCCAUUGACGGUGACGGUGACAUCAGAUAUCCAACAAGAUUUUUGUUUUUUGUAAUAAUUUGUGUAUAAUACCAAAACAAUGGCUGAUCCCAAGUUCCAAAACCUACCAGGAAUAGCUUAUGACCAACCUGAUGUGUAUGAGACACCCGAUGAGCCCGAAGGUGAAAACACAUCGGACUUCUAUGAUGAGGAACCGGAGAAUGAAGCAAUUGAAAGAUUGCACAUCUCGGCGAAUGUUGCACACAAACGUUUCAGUGGAGCCACUUUGGAGGGAAGUGUUGAUUUCUCGGAAAGCAUUGGGCGACGCAUCGGCAGAGGCUAUGAUAUGCGUGGCAGUUGCGACUAUGUACUUAUGGGCCAAGGUGAAAAGGAGACACCUGUGCAGAAAUGUCAACGCUUGCAGAUCGAGAUGAAUGAACUACUUAAUGAAGUGGCCGCCCUGCAAGUAGAUCGCAAAAUUGCCGACGAGGAGAAACAAUCCUAUGAUGCAGUGGCCACGGUCAUUAGUACAGCAAAGAAAGUGCUGGAAUCUCUGAAGCUUGAGCAAGUGCUGGGCAAAGAACAGGUUCCCAAUAGCAAACAAGUGAAGGCCCUCAUUAGCCAGGUAGAGGAGUUCAAGCAAUCCGGUGUCUUGACUGCCAUUCCCACACCUGGAACCGAUUUUGCAGCCACAGCUCGUGUAGCAAGUCUUGAGCAGCGUCUAUACCAACUGGAAAAGGCUGUGGGUGCUCAGCCAGAGAAAUUAAGUCGUCUGACCUCUGUUACCAACACCUCAAACGUUCUGGAAGCAGUGCGUCAAUUAAGCACAAAAGCCGCUCUCCUUCAACCCGAAAAACUCGAUGCUAUAGAACAACGUCUAUCCACGCUAACUGGCAAAAUGGAUGCCAUUGCUGAAAAAUCCAGUGGCAGUGCCCAGGAUGCUAAGCGUGACCAGAAGAUCGUUGAACUCUAUGAUAUAGCCAAGAGGACAGAGCCUGUCGUUGAGAUAUUACCACAAGUAAUUGAACGUAUGCAGGCCCUGGAGGCCCUACACAAAUAUGCAAACAAUUUCGCAAUGAUCAUAGCUGAAAUUGAACAGAAGCAGGGUACCAUUACCACGAGUCUGGUUAAUAAUAAAGAACUACUUCAUUCGGUCCAGGAAACAUUCGCCCAAAAUCUCGAGACGAUUAACAGCAAGGUGGCCAAGGUGGAGCAACGUGUAACUGCAGUUACGGCAGCUAAAUAGUCAUCCAAUGCUCAGCAUAUAUUACAUACCAACAUUUAUUAUAUUAAAAACCAGAAUUAAUUAUUAUUUAUAUAUUAAUUGUAACUGAAUUAAAAAAGACGGUGAAUUUAA